GUGUUAUUGUAUACCGAUGUGGUUGGCUGGACUCGGUCAUGUGUGCUCUCAAGAUGAUGUUACUACAGAGCUCUAUAGGGGCUGGAAAGGAGCGGGUGGCUGAGCGGAGUGAGCGCGCGCCACACGCUCAACCCUCCCCCACCAUGUCCAUCACCCACAUAACCAGCCUCUCUCAGUUGAAUGGAAUCUUGGACAAGUCGAAAGACAAGCUGUCGGUGAUCGACUUCCAUGCCAGCUGGUGUGGACCGUGUCAUGCGAUUGCGCCAGUCUACGAAGCGCUGUCGAAGCAGUACAAGGACGUAAACUUCCUGAAGUGCGACGUUGAUGCUGCACGCGAGGUUUCUGGGCACUAUGGCAUAUCUGCGAUGCCGACAUUCAUCUUCCUGAGGGGACACACGAAGGUGCACCAGGUCCGGGGAGCCAACAAAGCCGCUUUGGAGGCUGGCAUACGUCAGUACUCGUCUGGAGCUGGCGCGAGCGGCGGGGCCUUUGCGGGACAGGGACGCACGCUCGGCGGCGAUUCCCCUGCCACCUCAGGAUCAUCCGACCCGCUGAGUCCCCAACUCAAGAUCUUCCUCUACCUCAUCGCUGCGUAUGGUCUCUUCUGGUACCUGUCGUAACUGACGGAGGACCCCCCUGUAUUCCUCACUGUGAAUACAACCUGUUUUGCUAUAUACUGGUACAACUGAUGCGAGAUAUACAAGGAAGAUCAGGAUACAUGUCGAGAGGUCAAGAUACAUGCCGGGCAGAUGAGAGCAUUGGGACUGGGGCCGGAAACCUGUCAACAAGAUGGUCAGAACGGGGAACACGGACGACGGACACG